AUGCUCACUGCCAAGGACACAGCAACCCAGCAGGGCUUCGGCUUCGAACAUAAAAGGAGCGUGGAUACGAAUCUGCAUGCAGACAAACUCAUGGAAGGACAAAAGCCUCCUGACUGCACAAGCGAGGACAGACUCCUCAUUGCAUUGGCUGAAACUGUUCAGGAGCUUGAAGGUGUCCAAUGCUGCGGAGAUCAUCUCGAUACAGCAAUGGGUGGGAGGAUGGAAGAAGGAGAAGAUGAGAGGGAGGAUGAAAGAAGACGAAGGAGUAAAGAGCAGCAGGAGGGAGACUGCAAAAAGAGAGCUCUGGGAGUGCUGAGGGAAGAUACAGGAUGCAGGCCCUGUUUGGGCUCCGUCAGUGACAUUUUCCUGAGUGUUGGAGAGGACGUAGAGAAGAUCAUCGACAAAAUAAGCUCCAUCAUUAUCAAGCUGGAUGCAGCGAUUCAGCAGUUAUCUGUAGAUAAGACCUCGAUCGCGGGUGAAGCGCGUCGAGAAUCCAGAGACACAGACACUUCGGCGCAACCUGAAGACGUUAAGAAUCACCUAAACUCCCCCGAUCGGCUCGAGUCUGACUCAGGUCACGAACGGGUGAUUGAGGACGGAGCUGAUCGAAGGCGUACAGAGACAUCGGCAGACACUGAACAAGCACUGGACUCAUUCGGUGGUUCUAAUUGUGACAACGGGGCAGAAUCACAUGUCAAAGGUCAAGCAAGAGACGUUCUGGAGGAAUCUGUUAACUCUGAGACUGAGUUACUAGAGGAGACUGAAAAGGAAGAUGAGAGCGCAAAGAGAAAAAGAAAAUGGAUUACUGUAGGGCUCACUGCUCAGCUGGAGGGCAGCCAUUCUGAUGUACCGGACGCGUGCUUUAUCAGAGCGCCUGCAGGUGCAGCUGAAGUCCUGAGGUGUGAAGUGGCUGAUGCCCUGAGCUGCCUGAUAGUGACUGGCUCAGAGGAGUUGCUUAGCAGAGUGAUCCGGGUCAAAGUUGAACAUGGAGCAGCCUUUAAUUUCCCCCUUACUGUGGUUGUGCCUUUCCAAGCACGCCAUCGCAGCAGCUACAGAGAUGUCGCUGUGAAGAUAAUAGAUGAGGACAAGAGGGUCAGCUACAUCGCUCCCAUAGCAACAGAGGGCAUGUAUGGAGGACAGAAGGGCUCAUUUGCAGAGGUGAAGGUGUACUCUGUGGGUCUUUUUGCAGUGGUUUCCUGCUUAAAACUAGAAAACUACACCAUUCCCAGGAAGGGGUUGUCACUAAAACUCCCCAUGGACCCCCGAAUUUGUCUGAACUACCUCCCAGGAUCCUUUACUGCACCUGUAAUAGCGCAAACCACGAUCCAGCCGCUAGACGCCGUGCUCCUGGCUUCUGUCAAGUCCAGAAAUUACGCCUAUCAUUCGGUGGUGUCUACCAGCCCGCUGCUCUACCUCACCCACCCGACCUCGAGGCCCCUGAGAAGACCCCUCACGGUCACACUUCCAUGUCCCCCAAAUCCUGCAAAAAAGAAAGCAACAAGGGGACAAACAGAGAACCAACAAGACCAACAAAGUCAACCUGUCAGGGAUUCUCCCCCACGGGAUCAUUCACCUUCCCACAGACUGAGAUUCAUGGACACCUCUGUGAAAUCCAAGGAAAUGUCCAAAGAGUCGCUGGUUGUUCUGGGCUCAAGGGACAAACAGUGGAGUGUCAUGGAUAAAGUCACCGUCAGGAGCCUGCAGAAGGGACUGGUGUCCUUUGACCUGAUGGAGAACUUUGACAGACUGCUCGUGCUUCGUCUCCUCUCCCCGCUGCGCCCUUGUCACCUCGCCUGCCUGGCCGAGGAGCUGGAGGAGUCGGUCUGCUGCCACGCCGUCACCGUCGUCCUCCUGCGAAGCCGAGACGAGCCUCGCGCCCUCCUGGUGGCCGUUGUGCCCGGCAGAGACCUCAGCUGGGAGCUGCACAGGCUGCGAGCUCAGGGCUACAGCGACCCGGUGGAGACCUCCUCGGAGAUCUCGAUGCGUGAGGCAGAUCAGCUUCUCCUGCGUUUCACCGGCAACAUCACCUGCACAGCCGCUGCUCAAACCAACAAAAAUGAAGCCACGCAUGAGCGCAUCACCUUCCACAGCCAGAGGAAGAAUCACCUCUUAGUGCAUCUGACUGAGGUGGACCUAUUUGGAAACUACAGCUCUCCUCACUACAAGGGCACAGCCAUAUUUUAUAAGGUCACCAGAGGUCAGCUGGAGUGGCGGGAUGACAAAGCUGUCCUGAAGGACACGAAGCUUCUGGGAGAUCCCGUCUGUAAGCUGUCUCUGACUUUACCCAAGAAAGUGAGAAACCUUACUCGGCCCAUUACAGCCCAGGUGAAGUUCUGUGAGGACACAGGUUCCCUCUCAGACUCUCUUCUUCUCUGGCUGUCCGAGGAGCUCUCAGAGGAGGAAACGGCCCUGCUGGCGCUCUCCCUGCGACUCUGCCGCAGCACCGCUCAGCUGGUGACGACCCGAGCCGGGAGCGGCGGCCUCUCUUCCCGUGCCUUCACCAUCCUGGCCAUGUGGAGGAGAGGGCUGCCCGCCGUCCCGAACCAACCCAAGGCCUCUCUGCUCGCUCGCUACUUGGCCAAGAUCGGCAGGCCGGAUCUGGCUAGAGAACUGCUGCUGAGGCAGGCUGCAGCUACCAGGCAGGAGUCACAGAAUUAAGGAGGCCCAGAAAGGAGCGCUCAC